GAAGCCAUGCUGAUCUUCAGUUCCGGGUGGUGGAGUGUGGUCUUGCACCAGAGCCUGUGCUGUUGAAGCCUUGUGCUGCUCCCCCAUGGCUCUAUGGGAGCUGCUGUUGCUGACUUUCAGCCUCCGCUGCUGGCUGACAAGCUCUGCCAGUUUAGCCGAAGAAGGCCCUGCAGGCCCCCUGGACUGGCUUCUUUCUGACAAGGGCCCAUUUCACCACUCACAAGAGUACACUGAAUUCGUGGAGAGGAACCGUCAGGGAUUUUCCACGAGAUACAAGAUCUACAGGGAAUUUGGCCGGUGGAAAGUGAAUAACUUGGCUGUAGAGCGACGGGAUUUCCUGAACUCCCCUUUGCCUCUCACCCCGGAGUUUAUAAGAAACAUUCGACUCCUGGGACGCAGACCCACUGCCCAGCUAAUUACUGACAACCUGAUCAAGAAAUAUGGGACCCAUUUUCUACUCUCAGCUACACUAGGAGGAGAGGAGGCUCUGACUAUAUUUGUCGACAAGAGGAAGUUGAGUAAGAAAGCAGAGGCGAGCGACUACACCAGUAACAGCACGGCUGUGACUCUGGAGGCCCUGCACCAGCUGGCUGCCUCCUAUUUCAUAGACAGGGAGAGUACUCUGCGACAACUGCAUCACAUCCAGAUUGCUUCCACUGCCAUCAAGGUAACUGAAACAAGGACUGGCCCUCUCGGCUGUAGUAACUAUGACAACCUUGAUUCUGUCAGUUCUGUGCUGGUUCAGAGUCCCGAGAACAAAGUCCAUUUGCAAGGCUUGCAGGUCAUUUUGCCAGAUUAUCUCAGAGACACUUUCGUCCAAGCAGCUCUUAGUUACAUUGCCUGCAAUGGAGAGGGAACUUUUGUCUGUCGAGACAAUGACUGCUGGUGCAAAUGUGACCCCAAGUUUCCAGAGUGCAACUGUCCCUACAUGGAUAUUCAGGCCAUGGAGGAAAGCCUUUUGCGAAUCUCUGAAUCAUGGGCUGUUACCUACAAGGAGUUUGAAGAUUCAGAUGAGUUCAAAACAUUUCUGAUGAGGCUGCCGCAGAAUUUCUUCCUCAACUCCUCGAUGAUCCAACAUUUGUGGUCGCUGGAUGGUGUAUUUCAGAGGCGCUAUGAGCAGCUGGAAAGUAACAUGAAAAGUCUCUUCAAGCGAGCCCAGCGAGUGGUUUACAAGCUCUUCAGCCUCAGCAAGAGGUGCCAAAAGCAGCCCCACAUCAACUUACCGCGUGAAAGGCCACAGUCGUAUUGGCUGAACUACUUCCAGUCUUUAUUAUACUGCUCAGAGAACAACCAGCUAGGCUCCUUCUCAGAAGAACUGCACACUUGCAUUUGUGCAUAUGACCACAGUUCCUGCCAGGUACCCACACCAUGCUCUGUGGGUGAAGGUGCCGCCUGCGCCGCUUGUGCUAGCGACAACCACACUCGCUGCGGCAGUUGCAACGUCGGCUACAUGUUAAGUCAAGGGACCUGUCGACCGAUGGUGGCAGAUUCCACCGAGAACUACCUGGGCUUUGAGACUGAUCUUCAAGAUCUGGAGCUACGCUACCUUCUACAGAGAGCCGAUCGACGCUUAGAGGUCCACGCUAUCUUCAUCAGCAACGACAUGCGGCUGAAUAGCUGGUUUGAUCCUUCAUGGAGGAAGAGGAUGCUGCUUACGCUAAAGAGUAACAAAUACAAAUCCAACCUGGUCCAUAUGCUCUUAGGCAUCUCCCUUCAAAUUUGCCUUACGAAAAACAGCACUCUGGAACCUACGCUCACGCUCUUCAUCAAUCCCUUCGGGGGGAGCCACUCAGAAAGCUGGUUAAUUCCUGUGAAUGAGAACAGUUUUCCAGACUGGAAGUCUGCUAAGCUGGACCUUCCACUAGAAUGCUUUAACUGGACCUUGACUUUGGGCAACAAGUGGAAGACCUUCUUUGAGACCAUCCACAUUUACCUGAGGAGCCGCAUCAAAACUCCAGGCACUGGAGCCAAUGACAGUGUUUACCUGGAGCCUUUGGAAAUGGCCGACCCUACUAGAAAUCUGGGGUACAUGAAGAUCAACAGCAUUCAAGUGUUCGGUUACAGUAUGCAUUUCGACCCGGAAGCAAUCCGGGACUUGAUCCUGCAGCUGGACUACCCAUACACGCUGGGCUCGCAGGACUCUGCCUUGCUCCAGCUGCUGGAGAUCCGGGACCGGGUCAACCGACUCUCUCCACCGGGCCAGCAACCUCUGGACCUUUUCUCCUGCUUAUUACGGCACCGUCUCAAACUGACGGCUAAUGAGGUGGUGCGCAUUCAUGCCUCGCUCCAGUCCUUCAAUGCUCGUCUCCCCAAUUCUCUGGAUUAUGAGACCACUAAACUCUGUAGCUAACGGCUAAAGCAUCACAGCAGACAUCAAUAGAACAACUGUAAAAAUGCAGAGUAGACUGUUAAAGUCAAAGCUGCAAUGACUUUC